AUGUUGAAAACUACUAACAAACGUGUCCUGAUGUUUACUAAAUGGACAUUACGAAAGAUGUGCAAUGAAAAUAUUCCUCUAAGAUUUAAUGAUCAGGAAUUAUUAUCGGUGGCGGAUGAAGAUAAGUAUGAUGAACUCUUUGAACUAUACAAAGUCUUAGCUGAAGAAGAUGUGUAUUUGCAAAUCGUAGAAUUUCUUUGCCAUGAUCCAAAAUAUAGUCAGCUUGCUUUAAUGGUCAUAGGAAAUUUGGCACCGUGUGGAAAGGCACAAAAACAAGAGCUCUCUUUGGCCUUAAGUGGCUACUUAAGCAAACUGUUCCUUAAAGAAGCAUGUUGGAUAAUUGGGAACCUAGUAGGUGGAACAACAUGCCAUUUACAGGUAUGA